AUGUCUGGAAACAAGUCCGACCGGUCGCUCAGCCCAGCCGCCAUGAGUGAGGAAAGCCGUCGAGAUCUCCUGGCUCGCCAACAUAGGGCUCUCUACGGCAACGAAAGUCCCGCCUUCUUCUCUCCGGGGACGUUGGCGGAUGACAAUUCCCGACCUGAAAGCCAAGCAGGUGGCACCCCUUCCUCUACUGGGGUCCGAGGUCCGUCUCCCCGCAGCGUUGAUCCAUUCCCUCUUGCCCAAACUCCUGCUCAAGGUAGUACAGAUGGCAUUGCUCAGGCUGCUGCCAGCGCGUCAGCUCUUCAGUCUCCAUCUCGUGCGAACAGCACGUCCUCCCCUAGUUCUGGUAUCAACCCUGUAUUCGGCGGCAAGUACGAUGGUGCCGACCAGCCAGUGACCUCGACUUCCUCUCCUGGUGGAGUUGAUUCGCCGUCCUCGAGGCAAGCGACGUCGAAGCCAGCUGCGGGACUGAUUGGCUCUGUUGGCCCUAUUGGUUCUCGUCCGAUCCCACAACCGGGUCCAGCACAGGCUCCCAACCCAGCGCUGAACAAACGCUCCACCACUCCCCUACCAUCACCCUUGGGAUUUGGUUUCAGCUCAGGAGAAGGAGCCACAGCAGUUCCCAACAACGAGCGCUCAGCUUCGACCUCUUCCAACCCUACGAGCUCUACCUCCGCAGUGAACCCUGGUCCCAAGGAUUCCACUGGCGGUGUUGGACUCGGCUGGGGUAACGGAACCGGAGUCUGGGGCUCAAAGAAUGGAUUGGGUGUCCAAGCUUCUGUCUGGGGUUAA